AUGCCCACCACAACCGCCACCCUCUCCUGGGCAACCACAAACUGGGGCCCGCUCACAACCCCCUGGUCCCUUCCCAGCGCCUGCUCCAAACAAGCCUUCAUCUACGAGACCGACGGUCCCCUCGUUGGCAUCCUCUCUCUCGACCGGCCCCUCGUCGGCCUCUACGCCCAGUGCGACAACGGCCUCUUCACCUGCUACCCCGAACCAACGGACCCAAACGCGCCGUCCGUCCUCUCUGAAGCGAGCGCGACACCUACCCUGGGCGGCUACCACGCCGCGCUCGUAUACUCGCCUGCGCCGGCGUGUCCCGAGGGCUGGGAGACGGUUGGCGCUGUAGGGCGCGCCGGGGACGGGCCGUCAGUCUCGCGGGCGGGAUUGUUUACGGUUCCGUACGAGGCGGACCCGGGGGUUCCGGGGCCGCAGGUUGCGUACAAGGAUGCGCUGGCGAGUCUGCUAGAUCCGAGUGAGACGGCGGUCAUGUGUUGUCCGAGCUCAAUGACAAUCCACAACAAUCUGAUUGGCGGCUGUCGCUCCUCGCUGCAAGACUACAGCAUCUCGACCGCGUGCGUGACGUACUUCCCCGUUGCCGGCAUGUCGAGGACCGAUGUCCAGUGGAGCAUGAGCGCGGGCCUGAUCUCGUGGAUGACGGAGACGACGACGUAUUCGGCGAGCGAUGUGCCGUCGCUGGUGGCCGAGGCGGUUGUUCAGCCGCUUGUGCUGCUUCAUAAGCCGACGGAUCUGGCUGGUGGCAGUGGUGAGGGGAGUGGAGACUCUGGGGAGGAUACGGAGGGGAGCACUGCGGAGGAAGAUCCGAGUGAGACGAAUGCGGCGGCUGCGUUGCGCGGUGGGGAUGGGGGUUGGGGGGUUCCCGGAAGGGUGCUGCUUAAUGCGGUUGGGUCAAUAGUUUUGGGGGCUGCAAUGGUGCUUUUACGGUGA